GUAACAGCACUCCUACACACACACAACACAAACGCACACGCACAUACACACACGCACAUACACACACACACACACACACACACACAGACAUACAGACAACACACAUAACUGAACACGGACUUUCUCUCCUAAACACGUUGGAUAUUAACACUGAACAUGAGGCUUAAGGGGCCACUGGAUUCUUUCAGACCUGUAGUGUGACGCAAAGCCCCGCCCAUUUACUUGAAUGACUGGCUCCGCCCACUCUGCCUGUAAUCGCUGCAGUAAUGUGAAUGGCGCUGAGAGACCGAGGGGAAGGAAGAGAAACACCGACAGCGUUCGGUUCAGAAGGAAAAUCCCCCAAAUGACACGAGAAAGAACAGAAACCCUACUGUAAAAUGGAGGAUAGCUUUGAUUGUGACUGUGGUGAGCUGGAGCCACCUGAUCACUGAGGGAGAGCGUUUGUGCUAAACUUAUCCAACCUUGCUGCUCCUCACCCCACACACACGCACGCACACACACACACACACACAACUGACCAGACGGUGCUCAGUUUAUCACAUUAGGAUCGUAAUGCUGCUGCCGCUCAGGACCAGUCGCACACUGAACGCAUCGGCGCUGUGAGGAUGCUGCUGCUGCUGCUAUUGGCUCUCACACGUGCAUUUCAUCACUGAUCACACACCCAUUCCAUUCCACAGUCCGGGGCUUCACAGGAACACUAGCGUUUAAACCCACAGGCCUGUUUUGUGUUCUUCUCAUUAACACACUCUGAGCUGUGACAAAGCUCUGAGGACUUUUUUUUUUUCUUCUCCACUCAGAAGGUGAAUCUCUGUUUCAACUCAAACAGCCUCUCUUAUCAAACCUCACGUAAAAUAUUUUCGAGAAAGAAGAUACAAUCGAUUCCUGAAUCUUUGGUGGUGCUGUUGUGUAAAAUGGCUGAGAAAUUUGAGAGCCUGAUGAACAUCCAUGGGUUUGACCUGGGCCCCCGGUACACGGACCUGAAGCCCCUCGGGUACGGAGGGAACGGCCUGGUGUUCUCAGCCGUGGACCAGGACUGUGACAAGCGCGUAGCUGUGAAAAAGAUCAUCCUGACUGAUGCGCAGAGCGUCAAACACGCGCUGCGGGAGAUCAAAAUCAUCCGCCGCCUCGACCACGACAACAUCGUGCGCGUGUUCGAGACGCUAGGGCCGAGCGGACGGCGUCUGAGCGAGGACGCCAGCUCUCUGACCGAGGUCAACUCGGUGUACAUCGUGCAGGAAUACGUGGAGACGGACCUGUGCACCGUGCUGGACCAGGGCCCGCUCUCUGAGGAACACGCACGCCUCUUCGUCUACCAGCUGCUGCGCGGACUCAAGUACAUUCACUCGGCCAACGUCCUGCACAGAGACCUCAAACCCGCCAACCUGUUUGUCAACACUGAGGACCUGGUGCUAAAGAUCGGUGACUUCGGCCUGGCUCGCAUCAUGGACCCCCACUACUCACACAAGGGUCACCUGUCAGAAGGUCUGGUCACAAAGUGGUAUCGUUCCCCUCGCCUUCUCCUCUCCCCUAAUAACUACACUAAAGCCAUCGACAUGUGGGCAGCAGGCUGCAUCUUUGCCGAGAUGCUUACAGGAAAAACACUGUUUGCAGGUGCCCAUGAGUUGGAGCAGAUGCAGUUGAUCCUGGAGUCGAUCCCCGUGAUCCAUGAGGAGGACAGACAGGAGUUACAGAGUGUCAUCCCUGUGUUUAUUAAAAACGACAUGACUGUACCACACACUCCACUCGCUAAACUGCUCCCAGGUGUCAGCACUGAGGCUCUGGACUUUUUGGAAAAGAUCUUGACCUUUAACCCCAUGGACCGGUUGACGGCGGAGGAGGCUCUGGCUCACCCCUACAUGAGUGUGUACUCGUUCCCUCUCGACGAACCCGUGUCCUCUCACCCCUUCCACAUCGAGGACGAGGUGGACGACAUCCUGCUGAUGGACGAGAGCCACAGUCAUGUCUACAACUGGGACAGGUACCAUGAGAGUCAGUUAUCAGAGCCAGAGUGGCCUCUGCAGAGUGUGGGGGAGGUGGAGGAGGUGCAGCGUGACCCACGUGCCAUGUCUGACAUCACAGACGACGAGGAAGCGCAGCUGGACCCGCGCAAGUACGCAGACGCCGAGAGCGAGAAGUUCCUGGACGAGCAGCCGUUCGACUCUGCACCGAGCCUGCGCCGUGACGAGAGCGUCCACCACGAGAACAAGUACUGUGAGCAGGAGUGCGGCCACACGUGUAACUACAAGGCGGCGUCCCAGUCCUACCUGGACAACCUGAUCUGGAGAGAGAGCGAAGUGAACCACUACUACGAGCCCAAGCUCAUCAUCGACCUCUCCAACUGGAAAGAGCAGCAGUGCAAAGAGAGAGCGGACCGUAAGAGCAAGAGCAAGUGUGAGAAGAACGGCCUGGUGAAGGCUCAGCUGGACAAGGAGAAGCACCAGCAUCAACACCAUCAGGGCUUUGACUUCGACUCCUUCAUCGCCGGCACCAUCCGACUCAGCCUGCAGCCCGAGAGCCGCGACAUCGGCCUCCUGAACGAGCUCAACACCUCUGUGUCUCAGCUCGGAAAAUCAGCCAGUCAGGAGAAGGACGAGAAGUGUCAGGUGAACUUGGCUCAUCAGUGCCCGUGGGAGAGCAGCGGGACGGAGAGCUGUCUGAUCGACCAGGCGUGCUGGGACCAGCAGAAAGAAGGAGGAGGAUACGGAGGAGGAUACACCAGCUACCUAGAUCGCCUCUUCAGCAAAAAAGAGGACGAGGACGCGUCCGUCUGCUCCCCAGACAUGUCCCCGGACACGGAGCCUCAGAGGGACGAAACCGUGCCCCGACUCGGCGGCGAGAUCGUCCUCGAGUCUCUCGGGUUCGACGCUAAAAAAUCUCUGCAGGCUCACGUCAGGUGUUCACCUCAGAUCGCCCACAAGACCUACAGCAGCAUCCUCAAACACCUGAAUUAAACAGGCACGAGCAGGUCAUACCGCACCUCCGUGUUCAGGACGCGCCGCACCGUCAGCACCGACACUUCAGGAAAACACCUGCAGGGGGCGGAGUCAGCGCUCCUGAGCCUAUUACAGGGCACCGUUUCUCCGUCGCGACAAUCCGUUAGCGUUAUUCUGAAGUGUCCGCGUUACAGAGCGACGCUUCUAAAUCCCACGAUGUGUCGUAUAACCAAAACACACACACUCUCUCACACACACACACACGGCUACGUUUCAGUUUUCUUUUCGGGUUAACGGUUCAGAGAGAGAGAGUCAUAUUCAUCAUCAGUUCCUGGUUCACUAAAGAGAUUCAGUGUUCAUGCUUUUUUUUUUCUCUCCAGAAAUAUAAAAACAGGAAAAAAUACAAGAAAGGAAAAAAAAAAAACCACCCCAGAAACGAGACGCAUGACAUUUUGCACACAGCAUCCCGUAGAGCCGUACACACGCUAGAGGACCAUCGCAAACCCGAGGGGAAAAGACGAGGGAGGGGGGACGCACUGACCGCGAGACCGGUGACGUCACCCACAUCCUGACUUCCUCCUUUUCCUCCUCUUUAAAAAAAAAAAGAAUCCGUUUAUUUCUCGUCUUUCGCGCGCACACCAAAGUCCCUCCGCUCUUCUCUCCUUUAUUCUUUCUGCUUUUAUUUAUUUUUCACGCAGUUCCAAAGCUUUUUUUUCUAUUUAUCAACCUGCUCCUUAUUCUGAUGAUUUAUAUCGUAGAACAUUUGCUUGCUGUUCUGUUUCCCUUCACACACACACACACACACACGCACACGCACACACACACACACACACUAUUUCCAUAUAACCAUUUCAUUAUAUAUUAUUUUAUUUUGUUUGUUUACUCUCUGUCCAGUCAUCUGCUCUCGUUUUUGGAAUCUAUUUUGAAGUGUUUUAUUCAUUUUGUUGAUCCUGAUAUUUGACCUGCUCUGUUCUUACCAUCAGUUCAUAAAAACAUCUUUAUCUUUUUUUUCUUUUCUUUUUUUUCUCCUCCACACUACGUCCUUUUUUCUGGUCCGAUGUGGUUUUAUUUUUGUCCUCCGUGUGUUUUUUUUUUUUUUAAUUAUUAUUUUAAAUAUAGUUUUUUUUACUCUAUUCUAAUUGCCCCCGUUUUAACCCUAUCAUACUUUAUUACCCUUUGUUUUUUUCUCUCACAAAUAGAUCGUUUUAAAAUAACUACCCCAAGCUUUUUUUUUUUUUUUUUUUAAAUACCCUUUACUGCCCCCAAGCCAAUUUGUUUGGCUAUUUUCUGUUCUAUAUCCUUUUUGUCCUCUUUCUCCCUCCCUCUCUCUCUCUCUCUCACACCAUAAUUUCACCUCCUCCUCCCCCCUCUCUCACGUCUCCGUACGGUAGGUGUUUGAUUCAGACCCGAUGCCAGCAGCAGCUCAGCCGUUCGUUUCGUUUUAUUUUACACCGUAGGUUAACGUAAGUGUUAUCUACCUCAGAGGUAACUGUAGACGCGUGUGUGUCAGUGUCACUCGCCCUGUACGACCUUUCAGUGCCCGAUCACAUGGCUGUUGUUUUUUUUUUUUUUCCUCUCUUUUCUUUUUCGCCAUAGUGAAGUGUUAAGAUCACGUAUUUAUUUUAAGCGUAACUUGUGUUAUCUAUUUAUUUUAAGAGCCGUCAUUGUUUUUCAGUGCGACUCUGAAUGGCGACUGAGGCAUUGAACUUCCAUCGUGCGUGUGUGUGUGUGUGUGUGUGCGCGAGUGUGUGUGUGUGUGUGUGUGUAAAAACAGCUGGAGGAUACUCAUCCUUUGUGAAGAACUGUUUUUCCAGCGUUCCUUUUAAAGGAAACAACCGUUUGUUUGUUUGUUUGUUUGUUUUUUUAACUUGGAGGUGCAGAAGUGAACGGCGGUGAUACGGAAUCAGAGCACCUAGAAGUCUUAACGUCCGAGUUGGAGUUUGUUUCCCUCCUUCUUUUUUUUUUUUUUUAUACCCGUGCAGUUAGAAACGUGUGCAUGGAAGAUCUCCUAUAGAAGGUACAUCUAAAGCGAAGUUAAAGGCGCCGCCGCCGCCGUCGUCCUCCUUUAUUUUAUCCUACGUUUUUAUUUUCUCCCACGUGAGCAUGAUAAAGGUUUAAGCUGCUUAUAGCAUGUAGUAGAGCUAUGGACUUCUCUUUUUAUUGUUUUUUAUUUUAUUUUAUGUUUUUUGUUGAACUGAUAUUCCGUUGGUUCUCUUGUAAAAUAAAUCAAAUAAAAUGGCCGGUGAAAUCGA